AUGAGUCGACGCAAGUUCCGCCCAGAGGACUACACAGUGGGAUGGGUUUGUGCCCUCCCAAUCGAGCUCGCCGCAGCGCAAGAAGUUCUGGACGAAGGACACCCGGACAUAACUCACCUGAACCCAAAUGACACCAACUUGUAUACCCUUGGCCGUAUUGGUACACACAAUGUCGUUAUUGCGUGCCUCCCAGCAGGUCAGAUCGGUACCAACACUGCCGCUGCCGUCGCCACCCGGAUGAAGUCGACAUUCACAUCGAUCCGGUUCGGCCUAAUGGUGGGCAUCGGAGGUGGUGUCCCAAGUGACAAAGCAGACAUCCGGCUCGGGGAUGUAGUGAUCAGUCAACCAGAGAGGGGAAAUGGAGGAGUGGUCCAAUAUGAUCUGGGAAAGACUAUGCCACGCAGAUAUGAGCGAACUGGUUCACUUAAUUCACCACCGGAAAUUUUGCUCAACGCACUUUCGAAGCUAAAUACCAACCAAAUUUUAGGCAUGAGCAACCUUGCACACCACUUAUCCACGCUUAGCCGUUCGCCGGUGUUCACACCCCAGAGUGCAGGACCCGAUAUUCUGUUUGAGUCGACCUACGAACACCUGGGCGGGGAUACAUGUGAAGGAUGCGAUAGAAACAGACAGGUCAGGCGAUACUCCCGGGACAGUCAAGAGAUUGUUGUUCACUACGGCACAAUCGCCUCCGGGAAUCAGGUUAUGAGAGACGGCCAGUCGAGGGACAGGGUUAGCCAGGAGCUUGGUGGAGUGCUCUGCUUCGAGAUGGAAGCAGCAGGGUUGAUGAACAGUUUUCCAUGUCUUGUUCUGCGAGGUAUCUGUGACUAUGCAGACUCUCACAAGAAUAAGACGUGGCAGGCUUACGCAUCGGCGACUGCGGCUGCAUGUGCGAAGGAGAUCCUGUUGAUUAUCCCACGGGCUGCUGUAGCCGAAACACGCAGAGUCCCUGGAACGAUUUUGUCCGUACGUUGA